AUGAAUGGAGCCGUAAAAGCUGCCAACAAGAACAUAAACAAGAUUUUGAGGAAAAUGAUUGAUAAUCGCAGAGAUUGGCACGAGAUGUUGCCAUAUGCUUUGUUGGGUUACCGAGCGACUGUCAAAACAUCAGUUGGAGCUACUCCAUAUUUGCUAGUGUAUGGAACAAAACCAGUUAUACCUGCCGAAGUUGAGAUACCUUCACUGAGAAUCAUCCAAAAAGCUAAAUUGAGUGAUGCUGAUUGGGUUCGCAAGCGGAUUGAUCAGUUAACACUGAUUGAUGAGAAGAGAAUUGUUGCUGUUUUUCAUGGACAACUGUAUCGACAGAGAAUGAUUCGUGCUUUUCAUAAGAAAGUAACAACCAGGAUAUUUGAAAUCGGCCAGCUGGUCCUUAAAUGCAUUUUCCCUCAUCAGGAUGAGUACAAAGGGAAAUUCGCACCAAAUUGGCAAGGACCCUACAUGGUUCGUAAACUGUUAUCUGGAAGUGCCUUAGUCCUGUCGAAGAUGGAUGGCACCGAAUGGCCAAAACCGAUCAACUCAGAUGCUGUCAAGAGAUAUUAUGUGUGA